AACAAACCUAGGCCACAAAACAAGAGAAUUGUGCUUUUGCGUCUCUUAAGACGACGCCGUAUCCACGUCCACCACUGCAUCAAAAACAAUUCUCUUCGCAAGAGAUUACACCUUAUCCAACUUGAGUUUGCAAUAGGAGAAGCCAUUGUUUUCCGUAUCUUAGACCUGUAUACUGAGCUUCAUCUCUUUCAAUGGCUUCCUUGUCAGCCACUUCUCUAAGCUUCAAAGCUCCCUCCACACGAUCAACCAGAAUCUCUCAGGUGUUAAGGAAAGCCUCGACUUUUCAGUCUAUCUCCUUUGGUCGUUUCCAGUCUUCGAAGAGCCUUCGUCUUCAAAUCAGUUGUGCAGCAAAACCAGAGACAGUACAGAAAGUUAGUGACAUUGUGAAGGAACAGUUAGCUUUAUCCGCUGACACUGCGCUCACUUCUGAGUCCAAAUUCUCUGCUCUUGGCGCAGAUUCUCUUGACACGGUGGAGAUAGUGAUGGCAUUGGAGGAAAAAUUUAACAUAAGCGUGGAGGAAGCUGAUGCUCAGAACAUUACGACGAUUCAAGAGGCGGCUGAUUUGAUUGAGGAUCUUGUUCAGAAGAAACCUGCGGCCUAAGCUUCUUAAACUCUCCCGGCUUUCUUUUCCUUUAGACCUUUCUUGGUUUGAGAACAUUUAAUUAGACCGUAUGUCAUUUUGUUUUUCUUCUUCUGGAAGUUGAGAUUGGAUAUUGACUAUGAGAAAACUUUGAUUGGUACGUUGAGAUUGAUUCAUUGGCAAUGAUUGGUCUUUUAUGACGAA